AUGUCUUCUGUUGGUUCAUUUGGAAAAAGCCUAUUAUUGUCAACCAGGUUAGUAGAAGCAGUAUCUUGUCUAGUAAAGGGAAUCAAGUCCAAGUCCUUAGAAAAGCUUGCUUCACCUACACUAUACUUAGGCUCUUUACUCAGACCUAUAGCUUUGUUAGUAAUAACUACUACUAGUGUCCUAACAAGUAGUUUGAGAGGUUUAGAGGGUGAUCUAGCUUGCCCAACUUACUAUGUGUACUUUAUUACAAGAUUGCUAGGUUUAACAAGGUUGGACAAUCUUGAACAGCUUUAUAACAAGUUGGCAAGUUGUAUGUCUGAAAGCAAGCUUAAGUCAGACAAUAAAAUGGUCAUAGAUAACUUAACUAUUAUGUACAAUAAUUUGAAAUUGAUUCAAGACUCACUAAAGACAAGGAACAAUAAGGUUGAUACAAAUCUAUCAGAACAUAAUAAGAAGUUGUAUAAGACAGAACAAGCCCUGGAAUAUCAUUCCUUUACAGACACAAUACUCUUAUGUAGCCUGCUUAACAAAGGUUGGUUUUAUGUUGUAAUAACAUUUGUAAAUGUCAUUCUAAACAAGUUUAUUAUGAAUGUUAUUAUGAAUAAGUACAACCAGUCUAGAACAUCUGUCCUCUGGUUUUGUUUUAAGGAGGUGCUCAAUACUGUGUACAUAAAGUUCUAUGAAUCUAAUAGUAAGUAUCUCUAUCAGACCAAGCUACUACUUGAGUCUGAUCUUCCUUUUACAGAAAUAUAUGUUGGCCAGAUUAGUAGAACAGUAAUACUAGAGAGUGAAAACAAUAAUCUUGUAUUAGUCUGUAAGCUUGGAUUUUUUGUCCUAAUAAUAAUCCUAUACUAUAUAAAGCAGAAGUACAACAUUGAACUUGUAGAAAGAAAGUACUAUAAAGAGGAGGCAAAGAGACAGGAGAGAGAGGUAAGAGAGGCAAGAGAGGCAGCUAAGAAGGGUAGGAAGUACAAAGGUUCAGACAACCCAGACUCUAGUAAGGAAUGUAAACUAGGCAAGAGAGGAACUGAGUCUAGAGGAUCAGGAUUACAUAAUAUUAUUACUAGCCCUUGUAUAGAACUGAGUGACCAUUCCUCUCUACUUACCAACCUGUUAGAAGAUACAGAAAUGAAUAAUACUAAGGACAAACUACUGGAUUCAGACACAGAAGUGUGUACAGAAGGUGCUACACAUAUUCAGAAGGAUUCUGUUACUGUUUGUAAAGGUCUUCAGGUUGUUCUUAAUGAUUUGCUGUGUAUUCUUACUGUUCUUCAGGAAUUACUAGUAAGAAUUGUGACAAAUCAGUUUACUUACUAUUAUCCUAAGCAUUUUAAUAACUACUUUAAUGUAGCAAAAUGUGUUGAAAAUAUUAUCAUUUCAGCUGGCAUUGAGCUCACUAGUUGUCUGUCAGAUCUUAAGGAUAUUAAGGAGCAGAUUAAUAAAUACCUUGAAAUGAACUUUGCUAGAGGUGAAGCAGAGCACAACAUUGCUAGUGUUAAUUACAAUGUUAUCAACCUUAUACUCAAAUUGGAACAGUUGUAG